AUGGCGACGCCAGCCUCAGAGAAGCCAACCAGGCAUAAGCGCAGGAGCAGCGCCAUGAGACCUAAAGCUAAGCGCCAGCGGGCGGAAGGAAACACGGAGCCGGCAGCUGAAACCGAAGUUGAGAACGCAUUCAAAGACGACACUGAUCUUUGCGACCAGCUCAUGUCCCGCUACUCGACCUCCACGGCUCCACACCACCGGCACUUACUAGCUACAGCUGCCGCGUUUCGGUCCAUCCUUUCCGCGGAGUCCCGGGCCCUCACUCCCACGGCUUACUUUCUGGCGGGAAUGGAGAAUCUGUCGGAUUCCGAGGCUCUCGAUUCCACUGCCGUUGCCGCGCUCUCGACCUUGGUUUCGAUAGCGACGCCUUUGAUUCCGGAGAAAGGGAUGGCGAAUGACAGGGCGACGGAGUCUGUUGCAGUGCUGGUGGGAGCAGUUUUGGGGAGGGAGGAGGCAUUGGGCGUGUCGACUUUGAGUGGUGUGGUGAAGUGUUUGGGUGUUCUGACUGCCAAGUUUUGCGAUUUGGAAGAUUGGAACUCGGUCAAGCAAGGGGUUGAGACUUUGCUAAAGUUAUCAGUUGAUAAGCGUCCUAAGUUGCGACGGGCAGCUCAAGACUGUCUCGUUGAGGUUCUGAAAUCGUUCAGUUCUUCUGAUACUAUCAAGGAGGCAAGCAAGUUGGUGCUUUCUUUGCUCAAAAGUUACACUCCCCUGGCAGUUUCCUUAAAUGAGUCGGAAACUGUGGAUGCGUCUAAUGCUGAAGCUUCUUUGAAUUCUAAACAUCUGGAGCUUCUUCAUGUGCUAAAUCUGCUGAAGGCUACUAUUCCACAUCUCUCCGACAAGAUCGGUUGUAAAAUUUUGGCAGAACUGGUCAAACUUAUGGCAUCCCGUUUUUUGCCGCAUACAAGAAAUGUUUUCCAAAUUGCUGAAGUAUUUCUCACAACAUCAACGAAUGAAGUUAUUGGUCCCCAUGUUGAAGACAUUGCAAACUCUCUUGCUUCUUAUGUAUUGUCGGAGGAGAAGAAUCCUGUGGACACAGUAUUUUCUGCCGCUAGGUUGUUGAAAGUUGUUUUGGAUAAGCUUCAGGCCAGAGGAUCGUGCUCGUGGAUGAAAACCUUUCCUACAAUUUUGGGUCGCUUGACAGGUCUUCUAUCUUUGGAGGGUGACAUAGCAUCACAAGCUACUGAUAUCAUAAAGGAGUUGAUAAAUGAGUGUAUCGAUGUUAAAGUUCUCCUGGCCAACAAGGGAAAAUCAUUUGAUGAAGUAAGGGAAGGGAGCCAGGAGGUUGACAUGAUAAAAGCAACAUGUCAUGUCUUUGAAUUGGCCCUAAGUUCAUGUACAGGGGUGCCAAAUGAGCAGAUUUUGUCAGUAAUAUCAGUUUUGUUCCAAAGGCUCGGGGAGUUCUCUGUUAUCUUCAUGGAGGGCUUUGUGGUUAAACUUGCCUACUUUAUGAACCAUGCUAAUCCAGAUUCUCCAGAGACAACUUAUCUGCAGAGUUGUAUUGGUUCUGCUGUUGUUGCCCUGGGUCCGGAGAAGAUACUUGGACUUAUACCUAUCUGCUUCGAUGCUAACAGUUUAACCUGUUCAAACACCUGGUUGGUACCCAUUCUAAAAGAUCAUGUUGUUGGUGCAUCACUAGAAUUUUAUGUGGAGCAUAUAGUGCCUCUUGCAAAGACGCUACAGCGAGCCAGUCGUAAAGUGAAAAAAUCAGUACUCCGUGAAGAACUACAAGCUCUUUCACAGAGACUCUUGGCACUAGUUUCUGCCUUCUGUCGCUAUCCUGUUGACACUCAUAAGAAGUUUGAAUCUUUGACAUCAAUUUUAAUUGUUUUCCUCCAAAAGGACCCAUCCAUGCACAAAAGUAUAGCUGUUGCCUUGAAAGCUCUUGUGAGUCAAAAUAGAAGCGCACUCGGCUCAGGAUGCAAUGUGGCGGAAAUGACUAGCAAUGGGAAUAAAGAUUUGGUUUCAGAUUCCAGAAAUAUGGCCUCUUACUCAAUUAAGGUGGCAAACAGAAAUAUCAAGGCGUUGGCAUCACAUUCCCGUGAUCUGCUUCAGACUCUUAUUGAUGUGUACAUUGAUUCACCUCCACAGAAGCGACUGCAUUUAAAGGAGGCCAUCGGAUGCUUAGCUUCUAUUGCCAAAUCAUCCGUUACCAAAAAGAUAUUUUUGUUGCUGCUUAAGAAGCUUAAGCUUGUCAAUACUGCUGGUGAGUUUGAGGAGCCUGCAAGUGAUACUGAUGAAUUGGUCAAUGAAGAGGAAAACACCCAAACUGACACAGAGAAGACAGAAAGGAGCGUAAUAAUGGACCUUGCAUCUUGCUUUGUUGAGGGAGCCAGCGAGGAGCUUAUACAGUUGACUUAUAAGUUCAUCACUUACUUAUUGCAGGAAACCAACAUGUCUGGUCACUGUGAAGCCUAUUGCACCUUGAGUAAAAUCUUAGAGCAUCACGGAUGGUUUUGUUCUUCACAAUCUGUGGAGCUGAUUGACUUAUUGGUUAAUUUGAAGCCACCUGUGGAUAUUAAAUCACUCAAGUAUCGAUUUAAUUGCUUUCACAUCCUCGUGGUUCACACUUUAGAGAAACUGGAACAAGAGGAGGAUAAUCCGAGGACAUUUCUUAUUCUAAAUGAAAUCAUUCUGACUUUGAAGGAUGGGAAAGAUGAAGCAAGGAAAGUUGCUUCGGAUGCACUCAUUGCAAUAAGUUCUCGGUUGAGGAAGUCAUCUCAAGUCAUUUCUGAUGAACUGUACCACAAACUGAUCAGCAUGAUACUUGGUUACCUGUCUGGCUCAUCUGCUCACAUAAAGAGUGGAGCUGUCUCUGCAUUGUCAGUUCUAGUGUACAACGAUGCAGAUAUUUGUUUAAACAUGACUGAUCUUGUGCCUUCCGUAUUGUCUUUGCUGCAAAAUAAAGAUCUUGAAGUGGCAAAAGCUGCCUUAGGGUUUAUGAAAGUAGUGGUGUCUUGCUUGGAGGCCAAGGAUCUGCAGGGCCUUGUAUCUGACAUUCUGAAUGAAGUUCUUCCUUGGUCAUCUGUUUCAAGAAAUCAUUUGAGAUCAAAGGUGACAAUCAUUCUGGAGAUAUUGUUGCGGAAGUGUAGUUCUGGUGUUGUUCAGUCAGUUACGCCAGAUAAAUAUAAGAGUUUCGUGAAGACUGUUUUGCAGAGUCGGCAUCAGAAGUCUGAUUCCCAGGGUUCCGGGGUGAAGGAUGACGAUACUAGGAUCGAAGGCUCGUCUUCCAAGAGGUCUGAGAACGAGGCGGGAUUACAUGACAAAGGACCGAGACAGGGUUCAUCGGCGCACAAGGACAGAAAGAGGAAGUGGGAAAAUAAGAACGAAAACCAGAGGGCCGGGGAUGGUGGUGGAAGCAACAGAGAUAAGAGGCAGAGGCAGCAGCCGAAACAUGCCUUUGGUGGAGGCAAGAGAGGAGGUCCGGGGCCUCGACAACAACAACGUACGGGAAGAAAUAGCAGUGUUGGUGGUGUGAUGGGGAAGAGAGGUUUUAAGCGAAAAGCGAACUAA